AUGGGAUUGGGGUUGUUCAAGGCGUUAUUUUGCUGUAGCACGUCUCAAGAAAUUGAAAUUGUGUCCUCAGAUUCGUCUCCUCCUCGGAAACAAUCUAGGAAAACCCAACAACAAAUGCCAAGUCCAUCAUCUCCUUCUCGUCCCAGAUAUGUGUCCCAACCUUCACAAGUUGGACCAAUUCUAGGGAAACCGUUCGUUGUGAUAACUCAGUUGUAUGAAAUGAAGAAAGAACUUGGGAGAGGUCAAUCUGGUGUCACAUAUCUAUGUGUCGAUAAGACCACGAGGAAAGAGUAUGCAUGCAAGUCCAUUGCGAGGGCAAAACUUCUGAGCCAGCAAGAGAUUGAGGAUGUUAGAAGAGAGGUCAUGAUUCUUCAGCACCUUUCAGGGCAACCAAACAUAGUGGAAUUCAGGGGAGCUUAUGAGGACAGGCAGAACGUGCACCUUGUGAUGGAGUUGUGCAGCGGGGGUGAACUGUUUGAUCGGAUCAUUGAGAAAGGGAACUACUCGGAGCGUGAAGCAGCAACAGUGAUGAGGCAGAUAGUGAAUGUGGUUCACAUAUGCAAUUUCAUGGGUGUGAUGCAUAGAGACCUGAAGCCAGAGAAUUUCUUGUUGGCCACCAAGGACGAGAAUGCUGCAGUCAAAGCUACUGAUUUUGGACUAUCUCUUUUCAUUGAAGAAGAUUACCAGAAGUCAUAUUAA